CUCCAAACCCUGGCCCUCGUCGGGUCCUGGCCCCAGAGUCGCGUGGAGGGUCCUCGCCCUCCCCCACCCCGCGCUGCCCGACGGCGGCUCCUUCCGUCCCCAGGGCCCCCGGGAGGGACCCGCACGGUCGCAGAUGUGCCGUCGGGCCGUCCCUGCCUGCAGGGGCCCCUUCUGUCCUCUCUCCUCGCGCACCCGCAACUUGGAAGGCCUCGGAUUCCGGUCUGGAGCCAAAAGAAGGGCUGAACUCGGGGAACUCCCUCUGCCUCCGAGGUCCCGGGCCGAUGUCCCAGGUGAGCGGCCAGCGUCCCCCUCACUGCGACGCGCCCCAUGGUGCCCCCAGCGCCGCCCCGGGCCCAGCCCAGACCCCAUCCCUCCUGCCUGGGCUGGAGGUAGUAACAGGAUCCACUCACCCUUUGGAGACAGCGCUAGAGGAGGGCUCCCUGGAGGAGGCGGCGCCCCCCAUGCCCCAAGGCAAUGGCCCUGGGGCCCCUCAGGCCCUGGACAGCACUGACCUCCAUGUCCCCACAGAAGCUGUGACACGCCAGCCUCAGGGGAACCCCUUGGGCUGCACCCCACUAGUGGCAAAUGGCUCAGGCCACCCCUCAGAGCUGAGCAGCACCAGGCGGGCAGGAAAUGGUGCCCUGGGUGGCCCUAAAGCCCACCGGAAGUUGCAGACGCACCCAUCUCUAGCCAGCCAGGGCAGCAAGAAGAGUAAGAGCAGCACCAAAUCUACUGCCUCCCAGAUCCCCCUCCAGGCGCAGGAAGACUGCUGUGUCCACUGCAUCCUGUCCUGCUUGUUCUGCGAGUUCCUGACGCUGUGUAACAUCGUCCUGGACUGCGCCACGUGCGGCUCCUGCAGCUCCGAGGACUCGUGCCUCUGCUGCUGCUGCUGCGGCUCGGGCGAGUGCGCCGACUGCGACCUGCCCUGCGACCUGGACUGCGGCAUCGUGGACGCCUGCUGCGAGUCCGCCGACUGCCUGGAGAUCUGCAUGGAGUGCUGCGGGCUCUGCUUCUCCUCCUGACGCCGCCCCCGCCGCCCGGGGCUGGGGGGAUGUGCCCGGGCCAGCUCCGAGGAGGGAAGGAGGGAAGGAGGGAGGGGCGCCCCCCCCCCCCCCCCCGCAGCGCCGCUGCCUCCUAGCGGUGCGGGGACCCUUGGGGCCUGGGCCGCUGAACACUGUGAAGAGGGGGCAGGGGGGGCAGGAACGGGGAGAGGGAGGCGGCGCCGGUGGGCCGUGCGCUUCUCUACCUCUCCCUGCCCCUGGGGCCCGCCUCCCGCCUCUGGCUCCGAGGACAGCAAAAUGUGAAGUGAGACACCCCAGCCCGCUCUGGGCCGAGCCCCUGCCCAGUCUCCUUCCCGGGCCCUCAUGGGGGCCUGACUCUUACAGUGACCCCCGAGGUCCCCCAGGGGGCAGGGCUGGGCCACGAGGGACAGGAAGGGUAUAGAAAAGACUGGAAGGGAAGAGGGAGGGAAUGGAGGGAGGGUAUGUUCUAUUUGUUGCUGUAAAUAAAGUUAUUUGUCCAUCUCAGA